UUCGGUGCUCACGAGUACUUACGCUAGUAGAGUGAAAAUUUGCGGCAGAAUAUGCAGCGAGCGUAGCUGAGCUAGGAAAAUUGUAUUACGAUUUAGUUCUAGAAAUGAAGUGCAGUGCUAUGAAGAAUUUAGCAAUUGUUCUCGUUGUAGCCCACGGGUUGGUGACAUUUGCGAGCGCAAAUUCGUGUUUCGUGUGCUCCACGCGCGACAACCCAAGAUGUCUCAUACCGGAGGCUAACUUGUUAAUGCGCGACUGCAACAUCCUCGCCAACAACAAUACUUGCUACAGCCGAAUCAUAAACCGUGAAGUUGAGCGAGGUUGCUUUUCGUCACUGACACGCGAGGAGUAUGUGGGUUGCAACAGUGAAACCAGCUGCGAGCUUUGCUACGACCCGCAAAACCAGGGCCGAUGCAACGGAGCGGUUUUUCCAGAGCACAGACUUCAUUGUCACCAGUGCACUGGCUCUGUCAACGGGACCUGUGGUCAGGAAAUCAUAUCGAUAGCCCAACUGUGCCGUUUGUACGUUCCGGAUGACGAAUGCUACGUGAGCGUUGUUGGUGAUCAGGUUGAGCGAGGAUGCCUAUCGGAGAGUGAUUACUGCCGGGUGGGACGUUCCUGUCAUAUCUGUGAUGGCAAUGGUUGCAAUUUUAAACACUACGAGGAUGGUGCAAUGAGCGUGGUCAUAUCACUCAAGACGUUGGUGAUGGCUCUGCUUGCCGCUGUGGCCUACGGAAGUUUCAGACAAUAACCAGAUCGGGUUCGAACAAGGUUAGGGGCAGUCGAAAAAAAUAUGAAUGAUGACUUUCAAAUUAGGAGGUAGUAAUUUAUCUUAUAUACAGUAUAGCAAAAAAACCUUCACAAUGUCGUGAAAAAACAUAAAUAUGUGGUAGGUACACAUGCACCACCUUCAUUCGAGACAAUUCCGUUGAUUUUUGCUCUGUCAUGCUCGAACUGGAAUGUUUAAUGUGUGCGACGAAAGUGUAAUCGGCUAGCCCGUUAACGAAAUAAAGGCUUACAGUACGAGCGGAGAGAUUCCGCAUUACUUGGAA